ACUUAGUUAAGAAGCGAAAAACCUCACUCUUGGCCAAGUGUUAUCCUCGGAUAGUGUCAUCCGUAUUUAACAGGACUCCUUCACGAAUAUCUGUGUUUCUAUCUUCUUUUUAUUUUUUAUUUUUCUCUGGGCGCUAUCGUGGUUAGUAUCACUCGACAGUCUCGUUUUGCUUGUGCUAGCAAUGGAAGAGCGUUCGAUUGCAGGGAUCGUUGCCGUGGCAGCAUCGUCGUUAAUGUUUCUGGGACUGCUCGCAUAUUUGGCCGAUAUGAGUGGUAUAACAACCACCUGGAUUGGUAUACAGGAAGAAGCGGCACCUAACAUCACACACUCCGCUCAUCGUAAACUUCUCGGAGGGAGUGAAAGGAAGGAGGCGGACAGGAUGUGGGGGGACCAGAAAUGCAGGAAGGGAGAUAUAGUGAUAAGGCAGGGGGCGACGUCGCCGCUGGCGAGUGGGAUUCCGACGUACACGGUGGAAGUGAGCAACAUGUGCGGGAGCGGGUGCGAUAUCUCCGGCAUCCACGUCAGCUGCGGGUGGUUCAGCUCGGCGCGACUGAUAAACCCCAAGGUGUUCAAGCGUCUUGGCUACAAUGACUGCCUCCUCAACGACGGCAAGGCAUUGGCCGUCGGCGCUAAUCUGUCCUUUCAGUACGCCAAUACCUUCCUUUAUCCUCUCGCCGUUUCAUCCGUCUCCUGCCCUCCGUGAUUACCACUUUACCCUCCUUCCAUUUUUCUACUCUCUUGGGUUUCUCUUGUGAAUAUAAAACGUGAUUGAUAGAUAAAUCACACAGAGCUGUAUGUGCUUUCAUAGGGACGUGUCCUAUUUUGAUUGAUUGCUUAAUUAGGAUGGUAUCUGAUUCCAUUUUCUAGUUAAUUAGUUAGCUUCAUGAUACUAUCAGUUGCGUCAGACAACUACCACUAAUACAAGAAUAUGUAUAAUGUAUUGCUUCUCUCACGAGUUAGAAUAAUAGAGCGGCAUUUUUCAUAUUGUAAAUUUAACGCGACUGGCAAGUUUGUAGAAGGGGUGGUAUUUAAUUUUGGAAGUGUGCGAGGAGAUUCGCCACUGUGUCUCCUAGUCCAUGAA